UGCGUUUUACACAAAAAGCAAUGAGAAUGUUGGUAUGAGAGGGGAAAGGGGGGAUUGAAAAGAAGUGCAGAAAAUUGCAAAAAGACACGGUUAGUGGAUUCGCGUUUAUUUCUUGUGUAGGUUCGGUCAUGAAUCGUUUUUUGUGAACUAUGUGUACGACUGUAACUUGCACCCGUGAUGUUUUAUGCAUUCGACAUUUUAUUGUGCCGGUUGUCGUGCAUUCAUCUGAUGCUGCACGCUACAAAUAAAAUAAUGGCUGCAUUUUUCAGCCUGUACAUUGGAAUCCUACUAGAUAAUUUUUGAAACACAUGGCAGGCAACGAAGAUUACCAAACGCUUGGUGCGGAUGAUAAAGAUGAGAUUGAGGGUCUUAAUGAAAAGCUAUUGCAAUUGUUAUCUGAACAAAAGGUCUCGUCUUUAAUUUCUCAAAACCAAGCAUUAUAUAAUAAUAGAAUUGAAAGUAACAGUAAUUCAAAGGUAGAAUCCCAGACAUCUGCUUCUCCGAUAUUUAGUCAUUGCAGACAUGAUUGCUCUUUUCUGCAUUAUGAUAGUCCAGUUAAAGCUUUAUCAGCUCAUCUGCCACCGAUUGGUGUAUUCUGGGACAUUGAAAACUGUCAAGUUCCUAAAGGGAGAUCCGCCAUAGCAGUUACGCAAGUGAUUAGAGACAAAUUUUUUAAUGGCUAUAGAGAAGCAGAAUUUAUUGUAGUUUGUGAUGUUCAGAAAGAGAACAAUCAAAUUAUACAGGAACUAAAUGAUGCUCAGGUUAAUUUAAUUCAUGUAUCUGCUACAUGCAAGAAUGCUGCAGAUGAAAAACUUAAACAGUCUAUCAGGAGAUUUGCUGAUAUUCAUGGUAGUCCAGCAGCUUUAAUCUUAAUAUCCGGCGACAUAAAUUUUGCCGCCGAUCUUAGUGAUUUACGUCAUAGAAAAAAAAUUUAUGUGAUAUUGUUACAUAAAAAGAAUACCUCGGAAGCAUUAAUAUUAUGCGCUAAUGAACAUUACGAUUUUAUGGAGCUUACGGAGUCAUUGCCGUCCAGAACUCCAGCAAAGGGUAAUGAUUCCCAUGACCUUAUAGUUAGUAACCUUCCCGACGAAACGGAUGUUAAUGUCAUUAAGCGUCGUCUUAAGCAAUUAUCUGAAAACUGUGGUGGUCGCGUGAUAGAAGUUCAAUCAAAUACUGCCAUUGUACGCUUUGGGUCAAAAAUUCUCGCAAACAGGGCUCAGAAGCGUAUGGAAGGAGAAUAUGUGCUUGGGUCAAAAAUAUCUGUAAGAUAUCUCAAUAAAGAAAAAGGAAAUAUAAUCGCCAAAAAUCUAGGAAGUGUCGUAACACGAAGUCGAGCAGUCAGUGAAUCAGAAAUUGUUACUGACUCUAAGCAAAGCAGCUCCAAGCAAAUGUAUGCUACGAGUGCCUCCGUAUUAGGGACGCGAACCCUCCAAUUCCCGCAUUAUCAGUCGUCGUCACCUGUAGUGGGCGCCUUUCCUGCUUUCAAUGCCCAUUGCACAUCCGUCAAUGCCCCACAAACGGGGAUGAUACAACAACCUCCAAUAUUUUUUCCUGGAAGAUCAUACCCGAAUAGCGGUGAUGUAGCUUUUAAUAGGACUUACAAUGAACUCGCUAGGGUGCAGUCGCCAUUAGUUUGGCCGAUUGGGCCUCAACAAUAUAGCCAUAUAUGGGAAGAACAAUACAAAAUGGAGAAGUCGAAAAUCUUGGGGAAGCGAGCUCACGUUCCGCAGGUUCGGGACAAUAGCGUUGCUGUUAGUGCUACCUCUCGUACUCCUGAAGGCCUCAGACGCAUCAGAGGCACACACGGUACAUUUACUCAUUCUUCCGAGUGGGGUGGAGGGCGACAGUCGUAUACUUCAUUAGCUGUCCCACUCAGUUAUAACGCGAGUCAAUCCAAUUUCAAACGGCGCAGUCCGUCCCCGCUGUAUGAUGCACCUACUAGAGAAAAAACUGUGUGGCACGGUCAGAAUCAACAGCAGGUUUCUUCGCGAAACAGCAAAACACCGUCACCUUAUGAAAAUAGCGUGUUGUCAGGAACAGGACAACAUAACCAAACCUCGCGUUCGCAUCUGAGUGAUGCGGAAAACGAAGAAGUGGAGAAAUUUUUUAAUCCUAUAAACAAUCGCAGCGGACUUGUCACCAGUAAUGGCACUAAUAUACCUAUCGAAUUGCAAGUGACAAAUCUAGAUCAGAAUAUCGAUAUAAAGGACAUGAAGCGGAUCCUUUCGUCUGUGUUCAUGGAACAUGUUUCAGUCUGUCAUAUUUCUGUAUUUAUGCAGUCGGACGGUAAUUUCGCCGCUAGCGUCAAAGUACCGUCGCUGCCGGACGCACAAUACGCAAUUUCGCAAUUGCAUCGCCGUAAAAUAGGCUACAAGCGCAUCCUGAUAUCGUACGCUCACACUGGUGGACCAAACCCGCAGCUUAUCCGCGCGCAGAUCGUGAUGCUUCUGCAAGAGGUCCCGGGGCACAAACUUCCGCUGUUUAAGUUUCGCGAGAUGUACGAGAGCCGGUUCAUGAUCUCCAUUAGCGUGUCCGAAUUGUACAAGAUGAGAGACGUGUGCAUAAUUACGGAGGAUCCGAGCGGCAGGAUGGUCUCGCUCAAUCCGGAUCACAGAAACACGCCGUCGCCGUGCUUUAGCAAUACGAUACAGGAUGGCCAAGUUAAGUUGCCGUAUUGCAUACUCCACACCUCGAAGCCGUUGUCCGACAAAGGCUGGGCGGAACAAGAAAUGGCAUCCUUACCUAACGUGAGGAUUUCUCUCAAGGUUCUCGAGUCCCGUAUGCAACUAUUAUUAGCAUCGCACAAUGGCAUUCUACCUUUGCCAAGUCUGCCGAACUGUUACGAGGCUGAAUUCAAAAAGCCGUUAGAAAUCGUAGAGAAUGGCGUACCUUUGGAACACUUGGUAUCGUGUUUGUCGUCUGUUGAAGUAAGACAAGACAUCGGAAGCGUGAAAUAUCUUGUGUGGAUAGGAAAAAAGGAUAACGAUAAUAAUCACGACGAAACUAAGUGCGUGAGUCCACCGCUCGCAAAUCAGUUAGCUCUAUUUAGUCGCGAAUUGGUCGAUCUUCUGAAAACCGCACCGCACUGCCAAUUGCCCUUUAAUCGGUUUAUACCAGCGUAUCAUCAUCACUUUGGACGGCAAUGUAGAGUUGCUGAUUACGGAUUUACUAAACUAAUUGAUUUGCUAGAGGCACUUACACACACUGUCCAAGUUAUGGGCGAAGGCAACAAGCGUGUGGUUACGCUAUCGCACCGUGCUCAAGUACGCCGGUUCACCUCGGAUUUACUGCGAGUAUUGAAGUCGAAAGCGAGCAAACAAGUAGCACUUUCAGAAUUUCCUAUUGUUUAUAAUAGAGUAAUAGCGAAACCAUGGGACAUCGUGGAUUAUGGUGUAUGCGAAAUUGAAGACAUUCUCGGCGAAGUGUCCGAAAAUACGGUCGUCGUAACGCCAAUCGAGGGCGGCGAUAAAAUGAUAGCUAUUCCGAAACGCGAGCAGACUACGGAAGAAAUUGAACGAACAAAAUUGUUCGCCAAGGAGGUUGUCGAGUUGUUGCAGCACGCACCUCAGUGCAGAAUGUUGUUCAACAAGUUUGUACCUUCCUACCAUCAUCACUUCGGCCACCAAUGUCGCGUGUCGGAUUACGGAUUCACCAAGUUGAUCGAAUUGUUCGAGGCAAUCCCGGAUGUAGUCAAGAUCGAGGAAGUGAACGGAGGCGAGAGGCAGAUAUCUCUGACCGAAAAGGAGGGCCUCAAAGUGCUCUCCGAGCAAAUCGUAAAGUUAGUGACACGCGCCAGAGGUGGUCUCGGUGUUUCAAACAUCGCACAAACAUUCCUGCAUCAGUUCGGUUACGCGCUACGUCCCGAAUUAUUCGGCUGCAGCUCUAUGUUGCAACUUAUGCAAAAGCUCAGCGAUACCGUUCAGAUCAUAGAUCUGGCUACGGGACCUGCUAUCAUCACAAUAGACAAAUCACACCUGCAGCAAACGACCCUCCAGUGCCGGCGUAUUCUGAUGGAUCAACCUCAGUACAGAAUGACCAUCAGAGAAUUUGUUCAACAAUAUUCACAGUAUUACUUGAAACAAUGUAAUCUGGACGAGUUUAAGAAAGAUAUGGGAAAUAUUGUUCGAUUCACAGUGGUGAAUGGUGAGCAAUUCGUUGAACUGAUACCGUUACAUCGGUUCGCCUGUGAUUUGUAUCGCGUAAUGAUGCACUACGGUGGUACAUUAAACCUGUCGCAGUUUGAUGUAUCGUAUGCGACUGUCAUAGGUUCACCUUGUAAACCUGCACAGUAUGGUUUUCCAACGAUAACUGCACUUUUACAAGCAUUGCCUUGCACCGUAACAAUAAAGGAGACACGAAAGAAGGAAGCGAUUAUUUACUUAAAUAAAAAGUUAGCUGCUUCAGCUGGAAUACUUUUGCCAACGUUAUACAAGCCGAUGUCGUCUUAUCACGACACGGACUCCAGCAACGACUCGUUAGAGAGUGAUUCUUCCUGCCGCAUGAUGUCGGGUACUUUGGGCACGAUAGACGACAGUGAGAAGUGGCUCAAUCAAUUAUCAAAUAUUAAUUCCUGGAAAGCAAAAGACGGCAAAGCUUUAUGGCCGGAGAGUCGUGACAAGCGUUGGAAAGACUUGCCAAAUUCGGAGGAACGCUCGAUUAAUUGGCCGGUUCCGGAAAGUGGCGGCGAAAUUUUCCUGAAUAGCUUGAUACGCACGCCGAUAUUGCAACACAACUUUCCUCCGCCGCCACCUAAGCCCGAUUCUCCGCCUGAGGAUAUAGUAUGUGAAGAAGAGCAUUGGACAUCUUCGCUGUGGAUGUCGCCAACGAAAUUUACAUAUUCGCAAGAUGAACAUUCUACAAACGUACAGGUUCCUCCAUUAACUUUACCAAGCUGGAGUCAAAUUCUUUCCGGCGAUACGUCGAACUUGCUGUCACCGACCAAAAAUUUAUUGCCUGCCGCUGCAAACCCCCUGUAUCCUACCUCUCCUUACUAUUCCAAGUCUGUCGUCGCACCACACCCAUCUGAACUGCCGCUUCCAUCCCUGUCGCUAACACCCAAGAAAAAGACAUUAGCGGAUAAUCAGAAGAAAACUAACGUAAGGAUGCAUCUCAAUCUCGCAAGUUCCGAAAGCGAUGAUAAUGUUAUCGAUGAUGAUGAGAGUAGCGAUGGCCAUAGCACUUCCAGUAAAGUCCUAGUUAAAGGCAAAAGACGUCUGGCGGCCCAAUUUAAUCAACCGAUCGAGCUAUAAGCAGAAGGAAUAAAGAGAAAUGUAAAAAUAAUGAUAAACUCGAGAUCAAUCAGGACCGAUUCAAUUUGAUAAGUCACCUUAUACUCGGAGAUAGUAAGAAAUGAUGAACUUCAACGCUUCAGCAGGUCGUCGCUAUUAACAUAGGCCAAAUUACCUAUAAAUUAAUUCAUAGAUGGUAGGUACCGCACUUUAUUUAUACUCGAAAUUUACGAUAAAUUUGUGUAUAGAUUAAAUGUGUAUGUAAACCAAUAUAGAGAAAAGUGAAUUACAAGUUAUUUUCGAAGUGCAUAAAAAUAGGGACAUCGAGUAGAUACAUGAUUGCAAUCAAGAUUGUGUAACAUAAAAUACGUAUGCGCGACGUUUGUACUGUAUGAGUGACGUGCUGAUGAUUAGGAAACAUGUAGCAUUUUUCGUACUGUGAUAUAGGAUAUAAAAAAGAAGCACGAUGAUAGUAAUAUUACACAAAACUGAGAAGAAAGAGCUUGGGAUGGCAAUAAUUAAUCAUUCGGCAAAUCGCACACAAGAAGCAUUGCCCGGGAUAUUUAAUUGUGAAUUAUAUAAUUACAUUUAGAGAUCAUUUUACAUUGCACAUCUAAUAACUUUCUUUUAAUGAGCUAUCAUUUGAUAAUAUUUUAUUCUUAUUUAUGUUUGUAUCGAGUUUACAAUCAAUUUUUACUUGAUUGUUUCGACUAGUUAACAAUACAUAUCGUGGAAUUCUUUAUAUCUUUUUUUAAUUUUAUAUUCAUUAACAUAAAAUUAGAAAGAAUUAGACUAGAUUCCAUAGUCAUCAAAUAUAUAACUUAUCUAAAUUUUUUUUUUUUUAAUAUAUGUAAUUGAUUGAAACCGCUUCUUUCGAUUUGCCCACAUUCACAUUAUCAAAGACAAUGUGAGUUGCAUUCAUAUAACAUACUGUAUGUUUAAAAAAAAAAAGGAUAUUACAUAUAAUUGUUGCCAACUGCAAACAUUCUCUUGUCUACCAUACGCAUCUUCAUCUGUAUAUUAUUCAUCUUAAUCGCCUUACGAAUUUUUCUCCAUUUAUCAUUGAUACAUUUUUACAGCUCAAUAUAUAAUUUUACAAACGUAUUACAAAUAAUUGAAUGAAUGAAUGUCUCACGAAUAUGUUAAUGAUGUAAAAUUGGAGUAAGAUAUACGUUGUUAUAAGUUGCCGCGUGAUUUCACAAUACGUAAGAGAUGGAAAGAUGAUUUUGAUUUUAAUACAUAAAAAAAUUCUUUUCAAUAAUUUAGAAAUUAGUACUAUUAUUUAGUAUAGCGCGGAAUAAUCGGAAAACAUAAUGUAGCGUGGUACAGCGUGAAGUGGAAUUUUAACAAAAAGAUCAUUGAGACAAAUUCGUCCGAUAUUACUAAAUGGCGAUCAGUAUCACGUAAUUUUUAUUCAAAAUGAGACGAAACAAAUGUAAAGCUUGCAACAGGUAUCUCUGUAUCAACAGCCACUGCGAAAUUCUUUCGAUGAGAGUUGAGUGAUUCUGCGUGAUACGAAACCUUUUUUAUAACAUUCUGCUAAUAUAUUAAGCGCGUAAUAUAAGCUGUAUAAAUGAGAAUGCCACUCUCUUUGAAUUGUGCAGAAGAAUGUGUAAUGAGAAGAGUGUGUAAUGAUCUCACUUUAAUCUUAUACUUCGUGCUCAUCGUACAUGUGACAUGGAUGUGUAAUGAUUUGCAGCAUGGGAAGAUUAAUUAGAUUGUAAUAAUAGGAUUAUCGCUAUAAUGGAUUAUAAGUUUUACACGAUGUUGCCAGUUUGUUGUAUUCGAAAUUAAGUAAUUAUUUAAAAAGAAUUGAAGAAUUCGAAAUACGUAAUACUCAUGCUGUCUUUGUUCGAUUCUUUAAAAAAUCGCGAUACGUUGAGUGACAGUCUGGCAUUAGAGUGUUACAUAGUUAUUAAGGAUCAUAGUAUUUUGUGACUUUUUUUUAAUAAUAUUUUGUUAAUUUAUUCCUAUCGAAGAAAAACAGUUUUGUUACGUGUUGUAUAUUUAUGCGAUAAUAAGAGUGCAUUCUAUUGUAUUUUAUAUUUAUAUGAAAGAUUUUGCGUGUACAUGUGUCAUAUAUAUAUAGAGAGAAAGAGAAAUUUUUAAUUCAUUCAAUUAGAAAUAUUUAUGUUAUGUAAUAUAUCACUGUGUGUAUGCCAUCGCAUAAGAUAUUCCUUACGAAUAGUUGUCUUAUGUACCAAAUACAGUAUGAGUCUUACAUGUACUAUAAAUUCACUUCGGCAUUCUAAAUAAUCGAUAAACAAUUUAAACAUAAUGUCAAAA